AUGUCGAAUUUAUAAAGAGGAUAUAAAAUCAAAAUAUUGAACACCAUUCAAACUUUAAUAAUACUAAGAAGACCUUCUUAAGUUGCUAUGAGAUAUAAUAACAAAUCAAAAAGUAAUUAAAAGAUAUACUCAGAAUAAAGUUUAUCUUUGUAAGUUAAAUUUGAUGAGAGACUAAAAUAGAAGUAAAUUUAUAAAAACCAAGAAAUAUAAAUGAUUAGAAAUAGACUAGAAGGAAUUCUAAAGGUUUAUAGAAUAGAAAAUUAAUCUCAAGCAAUUCAAUGUAUUUUGGAAUAAUAAAGUUUGAAUUAAAGUAAAAAACAAAACUAAAAUUUUACAUUCAACAUAAUUAGAUAUAUUUUAAAUAGUCUUAUCUUAACCUACAAUAAAACUCUAAAGCAAAGCGCAUAUCAUAAGCUAAACAUAUAAAAGUUACUUUACUAAACUUCCUUUUUAAAUAACUUAAACAUAACCAUUAGCAACUAAAUAAUAUAUUCAAAAAUAAUGGAUUAACUGGACUUAGCAAGAAUGAAAUUCAUUAAAUGUAUUCAGUAUAUAAGUCUUGAAUGCACCUAAAUACUAGGAAUGACUAAAGUAAAUAUAAUUAAUAUAAUAAUGGAAUAAUGGAAUAAAUCAAGUGCUAAAGACUUAUCCAUAGCUCCUAAAGGAACAAUAAAUUAAUUAUUUAAUCUGUGUGGCUUGGAAACCAGCUGGGAUUUGAAGGAUUGCUUUUAAAUAAAAAAUUUAAUAACAACUAAAAAAAAUCAAUUGAAUUAAUUUAAAAGUAAAUAUCGAUAAAAAUGGUGAAUUGAUGAAAAUUAGAAUAGAAUACUUCUUUUGAAGAGAUCUGCUAAAACUGUAAUAUGAUAAUGGAAUAGAUAAUGAAAAUACAAAAUAGAGUUCCUUGCACUUAGAAUUUGUUUGAUAUAAUAACUAAAAAAUCUUCAAUUUAUAAGUAGGGUUAUAUCUAAGUUAUAGAAUUCGAUUCUGAUGAAGAAAUAUCAACAGGAAAACUGAGAUUGCUCAUUGGGAGUUAAAGGCUAAGGCUUUGA